CCUAAAACGCCACAACGCCAUGAAGUGCUACGCGAGUGUAAUUCUAAUCCUGCAGCUGCUGGUCAGCUUCAGGACCGCCGCCGGACGUUUGCCGCGUGUGUUGCCCUUCGCGGACGAGGACCAAGGUGUGCCCAUCUAUGGCGAUUGUGAAUUUCUUGUCAAUGGCGAUCUCAAUGAUCCCGCACCGCUUUUCUCACGCCACGCUUCUUACGAAAUAGUUGUGCCGGAUCCCACGGAUACCGUGCGUCUAACCAAUGGCGAACUUCUGGAUAUGUUCUGUCCUGGCGUGGGAUUUGCGGCACCUUUCGCUAAUCGCACCCAGCUGACAGCUCAGUGUCUGCAGCAAAAGUAUUUCCUCGUCGACGGACAGAUUCAUCCCUUCUCCGACUUCAGCUGCACGGCAUGGCCCACGUACACGGCGCUGCGCACUGGACGUCAGUGCAAUGGCGGCACGGAUCUGGUCAAGGCGGGCUUCGAGGUCGAGGAUGGCGGAUUUCUGCACACCUUCGACGUCUGUCACGAUGAGGUGAACGAGGUCACGCGCUAUGUGCAUCACGUGCUCUAUCCCUCCAGUUAUGAUUAUCAGCACGGCGUUUCGCGGCCCAAUUUCAUCGAAUUGGAUUUCUACGGUGGUCGAGAUGUGAACACAAAGUACACGCAGGUGCAGCAGAAUAUCACAAUUAGCGGAAUUCUAGGCCUGGAUGCGUCGCCCUACUUCAACUACACCGAGGAUCGCAUUUUGGCGCGUGGUCACAUGGUUGCCAAGACCGAUAUGAUCUUUGGUGCCGCCCAUCAGGCCACCUUCCUCUUCAUUAACGUGGCGCCACAAUGGCAAAGCUUCAACGGCGGCAACUGGGAACGCGUCGAGUCGAGUGUCCGCAAGUUUGUCGCUGAUCGCAAUCUGACCACAGAUUGCUACACGGGCAUUUAUGGCGUCUCCACGCUUCCCGAUGUCAAUGGCACUGAGCGCGAACUGUACCUAGACUUUGAUGAGAACAACAACGGGUUGAUUCCUGUACCUAUGCUUUAUUUCCGUGUGAUUAUUGAUCGCGCCACUCGCGAGGGCAUCGUCUUGAUCGGUGUGAAUAAUCCCUAUGUGACGCUUGAGCAAAUCCAAAAGGAUUACAUUCUCUGCGAGGAUGUUGGUCAUCGGAUUAGUUGGAUUACCUGGCUGAAGGAGGAUCUGCAUCAGGGUUAUUCCUACGCUUGCACUGUGGAGGACUUUACAGCGGUGGUCAAGGACUUGCCGCUCGAGGAUCUGCAGACAAACGGUGUACUUGGCUUGGAUUCGGAAACGACCACCGCCGCUCCGACCACGACAGAGUCCACCACGACGGAGUCUACCACCACAGAGUACACCACCACGGAAUCUACAACCACGGAAUCCACCACCACUGAAUCAACCACCACAGAGUCCACCACCACGGAAUCCACCACCACGGAAUCCACCACUACGGAGUCCACCACGACGGAGUCUACCACCUCGGAGUCCACCACCACGGAGUCUUCUACAGAAUCUUCCACCACGGAGUCUACUACGGAGUCUACCACCGAGUCUACUACGGAGACUACUUCUUCCACCACUGUCACGCCCACUACCACAGAGACCACUCCAACAACCACGGAGUCCUCCACUUCGUCAAGUACAACCAGUGCAGCGCCCACACCAACGCCCACGCCCAAUCCAAACGAUUGUCACUUUAACAUAAACGGGGAUCUUAGGGAUCCCGCACCGCUGUUUACUCCAGAGGGCGCUCUCAGUUGGCUGUUGCCCGACGAGUCGGGUGUCUACACCAUCGAGCAGGGCAGUAGCUUGGAUCUGCAUUGCACCUCAGCCUUGGCAGUGCCCUUCAAUCGCUACACGGCUCUCACAGCUCGCUGUCUGGGCAAUCAACUAUACGAAGCAGAGGGAGAGCAAGUUGCAAUCCGCUCCUUCAGCUGCCAGUCCUGGCCCACUUACGAGGCGGUGCGCAGUGGAGUUGCCUGCGAGGGCGGCACCGAACUGCUGCAGAUUGGCUUCAAUGUGGCAGCUGGAUUGUUGCCACAAAUCGAACUAUGCUACGACGAGCAGACACAGAUUACGCGUUAUGCACGCUACGAGCUCACGCCCUCCAACGUUGCCUAUCAGCGGGAUGUCGCACAGCCAGGAUAUUUGCGUGGCGACUUCUAUCAGGGCAAGGAUGUGAAUGUCUACUACGGUCUGGCAUAUCAGCAGACGGCGCUGAGUGAGCUGCUUGGCGUCGAUGCCAGCCAGUACUUGGAUAGCAGUCGUGACUUGUAUUUGGCGCGUGGACAGCUCGCAGCUCGUCAGGAUUUCGUCCAUGGCUCAGCACAGCGUGCCACACACUUCUAUGUGAAUGCGGUGCCGCAGUGGCGCAGCAUUAGCAUUGGCAACUGGCUGGCCGUGGAGCGUAGUCUACGUCAAUUUGUGGCCGACGAGGCGCUUAAUGUGAGCGUGCAUGCGGGAAGCUGGGGCGUAUCCACCUUGGCCAACGCAGCUGGCGUGCAAACACCCAUCUAUCUGGAUGCAGAGGCAGAGCAGUUGCCUGUGCCUCGCAUCGUUUAUCGCGUGGUCAUCGAUCAAGAGAGUCGGAAGGGCAUUGUGUUGGUGGUGGUAAACAAUCCACACGCCACUCUGGCGGAGAUUCAGCAGGAUUAUGUGGUGUGCCAGGAUGUGGGCGCCCAGUUGGAUUGGCUGGAUUGGCAGAAGACACAGCUGCUACAGGGCUACUCCUAUGCUUGUUCCGUCGAAGACUUUACUGCCGUGGUGAAGGACUUGCCAUUGGAUCAACUGCAGACGACAGGACUACUCGGAGUUUCCGCUGACACCCAAGAGCAGCAACAGCAGCAGGCUUGCAGCUUCCGUGUGAGCGGCGAUCUCAACGAUCCGGCGCCGGUUUUCGUUCUACGCACUGCCGAGGGCAAGGCUGAGUAUUUGGAACCCAACAUUGCUGGAUUGGCGGAGCUGAAGCAUGGCGAGCACUUGGAGUUACACUGCACCGGAAGCAGCAGCUUUAAGGAUUACUUUAAGGGUUACUCACAUCUGAAUGCCAGCUGCUGGGGCGCAAAGAGUUUCUUGGUGCUGGGCAGCGUCUAUCAGCUGGAGGACUUUGUCUGCAGCUCCUGGCCAGGACACACGGCACGACGCACCACUCGCGACUGCAAUGGCGGCACCAAUCUGCUCGAGGUGGGCUUCCAGUUGGCGGAGAGCGGUGCGGCGGACGACUUCCUGCACAUGUACGAUGUGUGCCACGACGAGCAACUGGAGGUCACACGCUAUGUACACCAUGUGCUUCUACCAGGCAGCGCCAUGUAUCAGCGUUCGGUAAGCAGGCCCAGCUUCAUCACCGGAGACUUCUAUGGCGUCAAGGACGUGAACCAGAAGUACACACAGGUGCAGCAGAAUGUCACCGUCAGUCAGAUCUUAGGCAUGGAUGCCUCACCUUAUUUCAACAUCAGUAGCAAUGUCUAUCUCGCCCGCGGACAUCUCGCGGCCAAGACUGACCUUGUCUUUGGUGCCGCACAGCAGGCGACCUUCUACUUUGUGAAUGUGGCACCACAGUGGCAGACCUUCAAUGGCGGCAACUGGGAACGCAUUGAGGAUAGCGUCAGGAAGUUUGUGUCCGAUGAAAAUAUCACCGCAGAUUGCUACACUGGUACUUGGGGCGUCUCCACGCUGCCCGAUGUCGAUGGCAUUGACCGUGAACUCUAUCUGGACUUUGAUGAGAACAACAACGGUUUGAUUCCAGUGCCAAUGCUCUAUUUCCGUGUGAUCAUCGAUCGUGAGAGUCGUCAGGGCAUUGUUGUGCUCGGUGUGAACAAUCCUCAUGUCACCGUGGAGCAGAUUCAAAAGGAUUACGUCAUCUGUCCAGACAUUGGCGAUCAAAUCGAUUGGAUUAGCUGGAAUAAGGAGACUCUGAACAGGGGAUAUUCCUAUGCUUGCACUGUGGAAGAGUUCACUAAAGUAGUCACGGACCUGCCGCUGGAGAAUCUGGUGACGAGCGGAGUGCUCGGUGUAACUGCAAGGCACUCGUAGAUUGCAAUCAUAGUCGACUAAUCUAAGAACUAAAAAUACAAUAAAUAGAAAAUUUGUAACAAUGUCA